AUGAGGAACAUGACAGAUUGUGAAGCUACGGAAAGGGUCUGCCAGCUGGAGGAAGCUGUAAGGGUUGCUAAGUCGAGCUAUGAGCAAAAGUGUCUCGAAGCCCAGGCACUAGCUUCUUCAGUAUCGGAUAAUGCAACGACGAUUGUUACGCUGAACAGAGCAUUGCUUGUUUCUCGAAACUCGUCUGAUGAGAAACAUAGGCAACUUGAGGAGACCAUGGCAAGAGCGAAUUCUAUGGAGAAAUCUGUCCGGACACUCAAAUCGGAAAUAUCCUCCAGAAGCGAAGAGUGCGACUUCUUGGAGAACCGCAUCAGGUUUGAGUUGGAACCGUCUCUCCUACAAGCAAACUCUAUCCUUGACCAACGAACAGGGGAGAUGAAAGCGCUUCGGGAUGAGUGCGAUUUGCAGUUGGAAGCAUCGAAGAAAACAAGAGCUGCUCUAGAACAGCGAGUCGGUGACCUAUCCAAAUGCCUUCACAACACUACGACGUCCUUAAAUGAAACACAGAACAAGCUUUCCAUGGCGGAGCAGAAUGGAGCCGACCUUGCAAUCAAAAUCAGUACGCUAUCAGCGGAGAAGCAGAGAAAUCUUUCCGUAAUCGAAGAUUUGAGUAGUCAGUGCGAACAUCGACAACAGGCAUUAGUUGUCCUUCAAGCACGCUUGACGGAGUGCGAGAGCGGCGUAGCAACACAAGAACAGGCGGCCAUGGAUGCCAUCCAAACCGCAGAAGAGCUACGCGAAGCGUUGUCCCAAGCCUGCGAGCGCCAAGUUGUUGCAGAGGGAAGGGCAGUGCGUGGGGACGUUCUUCUGGAAGAAAUGGAGCAACGAAGCAAGAAACUGGAACGCAGUCAUAUAUCUGUGAUGGAACACAUGGUGGAGAAGACAGCCAAACUUGCAGAAAGGGAAGAAGAAGCUCUGCAACUGAACAACGUCGUUACUGUAACGAAGGAGGCCCUUGAGAAACAGGCUCAAAUUGCUUGUAAUCGUGAGUCAUUGUUUGAUUCUCACGUCGCUGAACUUCGUGGAGUCAUUAGAAAUCAGAACGGGGACAUCAAGACAUUGCAGCAAGACAUGCGAUCAACGGAACGACGGACAAAGUUUCUGAAUGAUGAGCUUGCUCAUGCUAAUUCUGAGCUUGCUAGGACUGAACAUGACUUGGUCCAGGCCAAGCGUCAGCAUAGCACCAUUAUAGGUGAUUGCAAACGCCAGCAGACAAAGCUCGCUCAACUGCAAGACGAAAUCUCUCGAUUAAGAGCUGAAUCACAAGCAGCUCAAGAAGAGCUGGUUGCCAGAGAUCGGCAAAUAUCUAAUCAUUUGCAAUCUAUCACAGAAAAGGGAGCUCAAAUUGCUGGACUUCGAGCAAGCAAAAAUGAGCUGGAGAAGAGAGUUGCUGAUGUGCGAUCUCAACUAACGAGUGAACAAGCACGUUGUAAGACUCACGUUCAUGGCGAACAGAAGUUGGGAGAGCAACUUGAAAGAGUGUCUGUAGAUCUGGCGCACGCAGAAGAGGAGCUAUCUGUGAAGGUUAUGGAAACAGAAACACUGAACAAGCGCCUGUCCACAGCUCAGUGCGAUGUGAUGCGAUUGGAAAGUAUUGUGUCCGAGAAAGAGGAAGAAAUAAAGUCCUCUUCGAAGGCCGUAAAGAAAUUGGAAAUAGCGCUCGAACGCUCUAAGCAACAGCUGCAAGUCCUUGAAUCACACCUUAAUGGACAUGAUACAUUGCUUGAGGAGUAUCGAGAGAAAGAAAUUGUACUGGGGACCAAAUGCGAGGAAUUGGACCAGUCAAAUAAUCGAAUUGAAGAAAUGGAACAAAUCAUGCAAAGUUUGCGUGAAAAGGUGGCCAGCCAGACUGAGGAGACCAAGCACUACGAUAAUGAAGCCUCCACUUUUGAAGCUGCCAACAUCGAGCUUCAGAAAGAACUUACCGCUGCAGAAGAGGCUCGCGCUUUGGUCAAUGAGGCCCUCAACGCUACGGCUGCCAAGCUUAAAGAUCUUGAGAAAUCGACGGCCGGCGAGAUAGAGAGUUUGAGAAUAGCGAAUGCUUCACUGCAAACGGCUUUGGAUGGUAAGGAGUCGUCUCUAUCAUCCGCUUCGGAAGUAAUCACUCAUAAUUCUGUCCAAGGACAGUUUGCUAAAGAGCAGCUCAUUGAGUCGCGAACUAGAGGAGAUCGAUUAUUCGAGAGACUUACGGCUGCUGAGUACGAGUUGGCAUCGAAGAAUGAGUCUCUCCUGGUUUUCAAAAGAACAUUCGCGGAAAUGCAAGAGAAGAUGGAUGAGCGCGAACAUGAAAUUGAAAAACUAGAAAGAAACCUUCACGACCGAAACCAGGCCCUUGCUCUCGCCCGAUCUCGUGUUGAUGAGGUGGGGGCGAAGACCGCUAAUAUUGCGCAGGGUGAAAUUCUUUCAAUGCGGACAAAGCUAGAAUCGAAAGAGAAAGCUAUUGCCAAUUUGCACAACUGGUGUUGUUUCAUCAACGGUAAGCUGCAUGCCGCUGAAAAGGCGCUGUCUGAACAAGCUGUAGAUCUUGAGGUCUCCGAAACUGCCUUCAAAAAGUUAGAAGCACGGCUUCUUCGUUCGAACGAGUCUAUUUCUCAAAAAGAAGCUCAUAUCCGCGAGAUUGAGAGUGCCAAAAGUGUGGAGAAUUCAGAGCUUCACUCUCGCGUUGCGACAUUAAAGUCCCAAGUAGAAGAAGCGAAUCUGGAACUUGAAAAGGUCAAAGGAAUGAUGGCUGCGGAAGGCGGCAAUGAGGUUAACGUUGUCGCAAUGCUCGAUGAGAUGCGUCAAAGCAAAGAGAAAUUGCAAGUGAGAGAUUUGGAAGUGUCGCGGGUGCACGCCAGAUGUCAAUCUUUGCAAGAAGAGUUGAAGAAAUAUGAACGAGACUUUUGUGCAUCACAGAGAACUGUAGAGUCCCUUACUCUCGAUGUGGCGCGACUACGAGCAGAGGAAAACAGUAAGCGAGAUGCCAGAGGCACGAGCGACAAGAACGCUGCCAUGGAGGUAUCAAAAGUGAGGUCAGAGACUGGAUAUCUCUUGGUUGAGUUGCGAAGGGCCGAGGCUGAACUAGCUGCAGCCAAUGAGAAUGUGAAGGCAUGGCAAACGAGAGCGCAGAAAUUGGAACCCCUCGCAGAGUCAACGUUGGAGGCACAGAGGGCAACAGAGAUGGUUUCAUCUCGCUUGGCUCUUGCUGAAAAAGAUUCGAGCCAGAGAAUCGAUCUACUGCAGACACAGCUCGAGGAGGCAAGGAGGGAGCGAGAUGUUGCCGAACGUGACUGUGGGGCGGCCAUGGCUGAUUAUGCCGCUGCUCGGGCGCGACUGAAUGAGGCAGGGUCGCGGUACGGCGGUGCAACGGCUUCGAAAUCGCUGUGUGCAGUGACUUUCACACUUGAAGGAGCGACAGUGCCCAGUGCUGAUAUAAUCGUGUACAUCUUAGGGGGGGACUCUACUCUUGGGAAUUGGGAACCAUCGCGGCGCUUACCAAUGCGAGUGGUGUCGACGGGCCGGACAGGCGUAAUUAGAAAGUGCGAUGUUUUAAUUGCAGGAGAUGUAUCAACCUUUUACAAGUUUGCAGCAGAUGGCGUAGACGGUUCUCUCGUCUGGGAAGGGGGUGAAAAUCGGGCGCUUGAUGUAGGGGGAAGGACUCAACAUCAGACACGUGACGUUUGGCGGUCGCCCCUCUAGGUUUUUAGAAAGUAGAAAGUAGUGUCUAGACUGAAAGCACGUGUCUUUACAAGUAGGCAGAAACCAGUUAACAAUUUGUAUGUAAACAUUUUCGCGAUUG